AUGCCAAUUCGUGUGCUCUGUCUCCAUGGAAUGGGCACUAAUGCGGCCAUACUUCGAGCCCAGCUGAAGCCAAUAUUAGACCUGCUGCCCACAGAAUGCGAUUUCAUCUUUCCCAAUGCCCCCUGGACUUGUGAUCCUUUCCCCGGAGUAGCCAAUAUCCACGAAGGCCCAUACCUUGCGUGGAUCCGCACUCCGUUCACCGAGCAAGUGGUACAUGCCCACACAUACCUGCAGAAGUACCUGUCUGAUCCCAUUGAUCUUGUCAUUGGAUUUAGUCAGGGGGCAGCACUCGCAGCUUCUUUAAUGCUGCAUUCUGAGCUCGCUGGACAACCAUCGCCUUUCAAAGCGGCUAUGUUGAUUUGCUCCACGCUACCUUCUACCUGUUCUCCAGAAUACGGAAUUGAUGUUCGUGAUUACUUUGGGAUUACAGGGCCCCCGACGGGGCGACCAAAAGUAUUGCCGGAUGAAUCGCUCGUUGUCCGACACAAGUAUUUCCUGCAGACGGAAAAGAUACUUGAUCCCAAUCGGCCUGUUUAUUACAAUCUUUUUCAUGCGGAUGUGGACACAGUCCGGAUCAGAAUUCCAACAGCACAUAUCUAUGGACGCCGCGAUAUCUUGUGGCGCCAACAGAGUCUUGCUAUGAUCCAGUUGUGUGAGGGAAAGGUCUACCGCUUCGAGCAUGGUGGUGGACAUGAGGUUCCCCGCAGUGAAGUGGAAGACGUGUGCGACCUUAUAGAGCAGUUAGUUCAUGCGGGGAGAGAAGGAUGA